UUAAUCCGAAAAUGUUUGCUGUACAACAAUUACAAACCAACUUGCUGUUAAAAUAUAUGAAUUUGUGAUACUGAAAGAGUGAAUAAAUAUACACAUUUCAGAAUGCACUGUUACAAGGGGCCAAGUGCUUUUUUUCUCCAACUAGUAAAUUGUUCUGUACCCCACUGUAGGAACUUUUUCUAUUUAUCUUCAAAUUAAUUUGGAGACUCCAGAUGUUUUGUAUAUCAGCUUGCCUCUGUCCAGUAUAGAUUUUUAAAAAUGUAUAUCCUGUGGACUGUAUGAAAGUAAUCUGUUAGGUUGCCUGACAUCACACCAGAAACCGUAUAAAAGAUUCCAAGGAAAGAUAUGUUGCAUAUGCAAUUAUUCAAAAUCAUUACCGUUAGAAAAUUAAAUUCAAUGUCCAGUUGAAUUUACUGGCAAAAUUAGUUCCAGUUAAUGAAUUUUGUUUAUUUUUAACCAUCAAGUUCAUAUAUGCACGUCCCAGAGUGUUGCAGGUUGUGGCAUUCAUGGAGAAAGUGUGUAACUAUUAUGCGAGCUCUUCUCUGAAAUGACUGGAGUUGUCAGGGCAAAGCCAUAUCCUGUCUUAAAGCCUGUAGGUAAAUUGAUUGAUAAAACAGUGAACGAACACAGUGGAGGGCGGUCUGACCUCUUACCGGACUUUGUUGGGGCCAGAGGCGACGGGCAGAUUCAAGGGGACGUUCAGAUUGGUGGGAGUCUAUGUAUCUCUUUCAAAAGGGGCGGGGGUAAAAUAAAAGCAAGAUUUCUGUCCUGCUGUCUGUCUAUGCUCAGGCAAUUGCAAAAUUACCACCGUUACGGCGACCAAGAGAGCCCAGACAGGAAACUUUGUGGUUUUUUGUUUGUUUCUCUUGAAGAAACAAGAGGGGUAUGCUGGUAUUUUCAAACUUAGGCUACGCGGUUGAUAAUCUAGAUUUGACUUUAUAAUCGUCUCUGCACUAACUUUACUUAAUGCUAUGGUAUAUCGAUAUGUGUGGAUAGGCAACAUAAUAACAGACGAGAAGAUGUUUAAAUUUCGGUAACCCCAGGUUAUUAUGUGGCGUUUUCUCGAGCCCCGGUGAAGAAUACGCAUUCACACAGCCCUUGGUGUGAACGCUGCAAACCGAAGACUCGACGGACUGGAGCAUCGGUUCGUUGUUUAUAAACACUGACAUUCUCUCUCCAAGAAACACCACUGCUUUAUUGAUGCACCCGUUUCAGUGGUGUAACGGGUGCUUCUGCGGUCUGGGCCUGAUUUACUCCAAUAAAUCGUGCACGAUGCCUCCCAUCACCUUCCAGGACCUGCCCCUCAACAUCUACAUGGUCAUCUUCGGGACCGGCAUCUUCGUCUUCGUCCUGAGUCUCAUCUUCUGCUGCUACUUCAUAAGCAAGCUGAGACACCAGGCCCAGAGCGAGAGGUUUGGAUACAAAGAGGUUAUAUUAAAAGGAGAUGCCAAGAAACUACAUCUUCAUGGGCAGACGUGUGCCGUGUGCCUGGAGGACUUCAAAGUGAAAGAUGAACUGGGAGUGUUGCCAUGCCAACAUGCCUUCCACAGGAAGUGUCUGGUGAAGUGGCUGGAGGUGAGGUGCGUGUGCCCCAUGUGCAACAAGCCCAUCGCCGGGCCCCCAGAGCAGCACCAGAGCAUCGGGACACUGCUGGACGAGCUGGUGUAACCCCCGGCAACACCUCACCCCCCCACCCACCCCCCGCCCCGCAGUGGAGAAAACUCUGCCCGAGACAUGAUGAAGUGAACCGGCACUCCUCGGCCCACCCACACACCCUUCUGUCGGCCAUGACCCGAGUCUGUCUCAGAAGGACCUGCUACAGGUUCACAACAAAGCAGAAAUGAAACGCUCAGAAAAGCAUAACAGUGAGGGAACUCCUCCCCCACAAUGAGACAGACAGUGGAUCUGAGAGCCAGACUUAGUGGUGUAAGAAUUGGGUGUGAAAUGAGGGGGCUGGUAUUUCUUGCGUUCAACGUGCGUAUGUAUGACACACUUUAUGUAUGUGGGCUGGAGGUGCCAGGUUUGAUCCAAAGUGAGGGUUGCUUUUCAAUUUUGUUAUUUAUGAGAAAUGGACCGGGGCUAAUGCUGAUGAACCUGAAAAAAAAAAAAUGUUUACAAGAUCUUCUAGCACAAGCUAUUCCGCAUCAAAGCAAAGUGUCUUCAAAUUUAUGAAGCCUUUUUGUUUGAUAGCCCUUAAAACCAACAAUUUUAUUUUACAUUCAGAUUAUAAAUCUGACUGAAAUGCAAGCCAAGCGAAUACUUUUGCCAUCUCGGUUGCUUACUGAGACUUACAUUUUUACUGAAGGUAAACGUUCAGAUUUACAUUUUUAGAGUUUCCUGCAUUUGCACUGUAAAUCUUCCAUGUGUCCUUGUGAUAGACCUGCAGUCAGUGUUCCAUGAAUCCUAUGAAGUGUUUUCAGGAUAAAGUCACAGUAAAAAAAAAAAAAGCCAUGGGCACUCUAUCCAGGCUCCUGUAUGUGGUGCACACUUAUUCCCUUUCACUUGGAUUUUAAGUGAAGGGACCGUAGUUGAGGCUUGCAUUGAGGAUCAGUGACAUUUCUAAAGGGGACAUAAGACUGUGGUCUCUGAGACCUGGUGGUGUAAAAAGAGGGAUGAGGUCAGUGUGAGCGUUGUCAAAACUGGCUUUUGUAUCAGUACUUCAUUUUGAUGUUAACUAUCUAAAUGUUUUGUUCUCAAUGUCACCCUGUAGUUUUUCAUGGUCAAAUGAGUGAAUAUUCUUGAAGUCACUGAAAUGGCUGAUAAGCAAACACUGCCCAGACUGAACACAACACUGAGCACAUGAAUCACUGUUUCUAAAGGCUGUUUCUGCUGUUACCCGAGUUGUAAGUUAGGUGGUGUAUUUAUAUGUUAUUAAAGGAUGACUUUACUUGCCUUGCCUUGUACAUUAGCAACCUUCAGAAUGAACUGUUUUAUACGUGGUUGCUUACAGCAGCGUGGUCAGAAUCAGAGAUCAGUUGGUUCAGAAAAUGGAAAGUUAAUUAAAAGGAAUGUACUUAAGCCAUUGGAAUAACGGAUUCCUUCCAUCUCAUUCUGAACUGUACUCCUUAAAGAACAACCAAUGUGAAUGUGAAUUCAUAAAAAGACCAGAUAAUUGAAAGUUAAUUAAGUAUAUGGAGGUACUGACCAGUGGCUAAACUGCCAACCACAGUCCUGGAGGGGAAAAAGUGUCUUCUAUUUAGCUUUAUUUUCCAGACCUGUACAUAAUUGUACCUUUUUAAUCAUAAAAUUAUCAUACCUGGUAUACCAAGUUGUUUAGGAUUUGCAGAAAACCCAGAAAAUAUGCAAGAUUGUGAUUCCCCAUGAAUGUGGUUGGUCCCUUCAAAAGGCAGCGACACUGAUCAGCACCGUGACAUGUACAUAUGUACUCGGAGAUGUCAAGGAAAAUGGCAAUAUCCACCAGCAAAGUGCCUGAAGUUUAUAAUGCAUGCAUUUUUGAUUCCACCUUAUCUGGCCAUACAGAGAAAUAAAAUGGAAGACUGCGAAAUGUU